UAAACACACCGCCCCCGGAUUUCUUUGCAACAAGACAGCCUAUUGCAUUUUGCAGGAUUUGUGUAACAGGGUGACGGCUGGACGUUGCGCACUCUUCAGUAACCGAGAGUAGACCGCUGUUCCGGUGUACAAACAACCCUCAACAGAUAGCAGAGUGGCAGCUGCAGCUUAUGCUUCCCUCUGGUUUGCUUAUUUUUUCUCUUCUGUUUUGUUUUUCGCCGAUGGUUGUUGCUGUCAGAGUCUCACCAGGGCCUGGUUACGGGCGCUGUAGGCGACAGUAGCGGGUCAAAUGUUUCCACCCCGACGUUGGAGGGACACAUAAAUGAACAUGGCCAUCAUCCCUUCUGAUAUAUCCCCCUCCUCCGUCUGACUGACUUGGUUGGCCGCCUCUUCGUUAAUCCAAUUCAGGAGAUCAUCUUUUCAACCUUUCCGGAGGUUACACCAUCAAGACGGCGUUAUCUCAGAAAGCCAGCUCUGUGGCGGUGAAGAUGACCACGGCGCGGUACCGUCCCACCUGGGAGCUGGCCGUAGACCCCCUGGUCUCCUGUAAGCUGUGCCUUGGAGAGUUCCCUCUGGAGCAGAUGACCACUAUCACACAGUGCCAAUGUGUCUUCUGCACAAUGUGCCUGAAGCAGUAUGUGGAGCUCCUGAUUAAAGAAGGCCUUGAAACUGCAAUUAGUUGCCCAGACUCUGCUUGUCCCAAAAGAGGACACCUGCAGGAAAAUGAGAUUGAGUGCAUGGUGGCCACGGAGAUGAUGCAGAGAUACAAGAAGCUUCAGUUUGAAAGGGAGGUGCUGCUGGACCCGUGCCGGACAUGGUGCCCUUCCUCGACCUGCCAGGCUGUGUGCCAACUAAAGGAAGCAGAUUCUCCAACGCUGCCCCAGCUGGUCCAGUGCGCUGUCUGUGCCCUGGAGUUCUGCUCAGCCUGCAAGGCCAACUGGCACCCUGGGCAGGCCUGCCAGGAGAACAACCUGCCCAUUACCUCCUUCUUACCAGGAGAAAACAGCUCUUUCUAUAAGAAUGAAGAGGACGAUGCACCAAUCAAGCGCUGUCCUAAAUGUAAAGUUUACAUUGAGAGGGACGAGGGCUGUGCGCAGAUGAUGUGCAAGAACUGCAAACACGCCUUCUGCUGGUACUGCCUGGAAUCUCUGGAUGAUGACUUUCUCCUGAUCCACUAUGACAAAGGGCCCUGUCGAAACAAACUGGGCCACUCCAGGGCGUCUGUUAUCUGGCACAGAACACAGGUUGUGGGAAUCUUUGCUGGAUUUGGCCUGCUCCUGCUGGUUGCCUCCCCCUUCCUUCUUCUGGCCACUCCGAUUGUCCUCUGCUGCAAGUGCAAGUGCAGCAAAGGCGAUGACGACCCAUUACCGACCUAAAACACACCAUCAGAGCUGAAGCGGAGAGCCGCUGCGAGGAUGGGCCAUCUUUUUUUCCUUUUCACCCCUUUACAUUCUUUUCCUCCCACCCGCUUUGAGUGCUUCAUUUUUUGGGUCGAGCCUGCACCGGCCCCCGGCUGCUUUGGGAUCCAUCGCUCUGCAUGAGAGAGGCAUGGUAGAAAAGCGAACCGACAACUUGGCCCAAUGAGAGGUGCAGGGUCAGAGGUCAGAGGAGGUCAGACUUGUCUAAGGACCACUGUGUCCAUGCGUGUCAGACAUUGGUGGUUUGAGAAUGUGAAGCAGGUCUGGGCCACUUCCAGUGGUCCUUACAAUAGUUGUUUACUUACUGUGGGGUGGUGUUUUGGAGAGUUAUUGCAAGCAAAGGAAAAAUCAAUGUUAAGAAAGGCUUUUCUCUUGUAUGGACAAUAUCAUGCAGGAGCCACCUUAGAGAGAACAUUUCCUUUAUCGCUCUAUUUUGUCGGUUUGUCGUACGCAACAAAAGCUUUUUUCCCCACCACCACACUCGAUGUAGCUCUACACAUUCAGUCAGUAGCAUCAGAGUUACACCACGCAUGUUUGGUGUUCACUCGAUUUGCACAAAGAACAUGAUUUCUUUGUCAUGUUCACGACUGAGGUAGAGAUGGGAGGCUGUUGUCACUCUCAGUUCAAUGUACAGCACGUCCUCUUGAUGAUGUCAAUGUUUUAUAACCUGUCGCUUUUAAUAGAACUGUGCUCAGAGUAGUGUCUGUGUAUUGUAUUUUUGAGUGUUUUCCAAACCGUUUAACAUAUAUUAAAGGGGAUUGCCACUCAAAUUUAAAGUACAAUUAUUUUCUGUGGUUUAAUGACAAUAAAUAGCCUAUGAAAGCGAAUUUUGUCAAGUAUCAGCUUAUGUUUUAUAGCCAGAUUUUUGUCAUUGUUAUUUUACCAUCUGUCCUAAGUUAUUCUCCUUGGAGCACAUCCAGACAUUAAAUGUUUUAGUCAUCUCCAUGGAUUGUGUUUCUUGGUGAUGUUAUACAUUUUUACAACCCUAGAUUGAGUGGCGCUCCCCUUUAAAUUAAGCAUUAAUUUAAAGUUUAAAUUAAGCAUUAAUUUAAAGUCUGUCAGGACUUUGUAUCCACAUGUUGUGGACCAAUUUUAACAGUAAAAGAGAUGUCACUCCUGUAAUUUUCUGAUCCCAGGUGGUGGUUUAGCCAAAUAGAAAUGGAUAGCCUUAAAUUGAGAAUAGCCAAAAUUAGGCAUUUCCCCCUGUGCAUUAAAAGGUCAAAUCCAAGUAAUCCCAGGGAAAGCGUGUACAAAGGCAUUUUUAAAGCAUUACAGACAGCCAGUGAAGCCCUUUAUAUUCAGAUGAUUCUAUGAUGUCAUCCAUAUGCCAUACUGUUAAUAGCCAUACAGUUACAAAAAGAAAAGAACUGUCCUAAACUGAUGUUCUGUGUUACCAAGGGUCUAUAUUUCCUAAGCCUUUUUGAGCAGGAGAGCUGAUAAACAUCCAUCCAACCAUCAGAAGCUUAACUCAGAUCAGAUCUCCCACUCUUUGAGACUUAACAAAUAGCCGCCGGCCCAAAUUGCAAACUUGCAUAUGUUAGUGGUCCGAGUGUCGAUGUUUUGUUUUGUUGGUAGUUUGACCUCCAACAACAAGCAGCUAUAAGGACGUCAGAAAAGCCUCUACAGUAAAAUAUUAAAGAAUGUUCCAUUUUUGGGCACAUUAUUAUGAAGCUGCUCUAUACUAUAUCACUUUAUCUAUGCAAGUUUGUACAUUACCAUUCUUAAACUGUCAUUGAUUGGUCAUAAACAGCUCUAUGUCAUGAGUAAAGAUAACAGUGAAAUCUGCAGACUGUCACCAUACAUGUGCAUAUCAUGGCUUUAAUUUAAUCAGGGAGUUAUUUUGAAACUAUUCAUUUUACUGUCAUUAUGUAUGUUGCUGUUAUCUGUAUAUCAUUUAAGAAUAUUUAAAGAUGGUUAGAUUGAAAACCAGGACAGACAGUUUAAUUGCCUAACAAAAAAGUGGAAAAAGGGUGAAACCAUUUAGUUAUAAACAGAUUAUUUCACUAUGUAUAUCUGGCUGAGGUCUGUCUGAGUAGUAUGUAAUCAUUUCAGAUUAAACAGAAUCUGAGCCACCAUUCACAGGCAGUCCAGUGUUGAAUAAGCCAUUUACUUUCUCCCUCCCUCUGGUGUAAUUCACCAGUGUUCUUGUAGCAUUUCAUGAGAGGUGUGGCUACAGUUAGCAAAAAUAAAAGGUAGUACUACUCAGCAGUAGCUAGUCUAAGCUCAGCAGUAGCUAAACAUCUGCACCUCCCUCCUGUCCUCACCAGUUUAGCUCUGAUAUUCAGUAUACAGUAACUGUUAUUGUUAUUAGUAGCCUUAAAUUUUGAGUACCUUACCCGUAGCCUGUUUUGCUUUCACUGACCUCACCUACUCUAUGAGCAUGAUUGUUUGAUAUCCAAGCCAGUCCAUUUUUUUUCACCUUUGGUUUAUUCCCUAAAACUGAUUCAAUCCCUUAAGCUUUUGUUGUUUUAUGACAAUCGUGCCAAGCAGUUCUCCUAGAAGGGAUAAGGAAACUUAAGUUGUCUACUGUAUGUGCAUUUUGACCAUGUAUUUGUAUUGUAUUACGAGCUUUUACAGGGUGGAAAUAUUUUAAUGCUUCUUAAUGUAAGCGCUGCACUGUAUAUGGGUUUCAUUGUUUUACUUCUUGAUAUGAUCCGUGAUGUAUGUGUGUGUGUGCGUGUGUGUGGUAUGGUGCCUGCCGUGUUUAUUGGAGGAGUUUAGCAGCUGAGAUCUACAUCGACUCAAUAGAAACGUCAACGCAUAUGAGAGAUUGCAACUGUACUUUUUAGGACUUUUCACAAUUUUAUCUGUCAGGGGGUCUGUAAUAUCUGAUAAUAUCACCGGUCAGCGCUCAAGCCUGGCCUGAUAAGAAAUGAUUUUAGGUAGUGUAUAAUAUUCAUUCAAACACAAAAUGUCACAUUUAAGGCACAAACUUUAUUUUUUUAACACAUCAUUCUUCUUUACCUAUGUUUGCUGACACCACAAAACAGGUAGAUAAUGUAUUAUGCAACAAACAUAAAAGGGCCAAACAUUGUAGUGUCACAUUGCAUAAUGACUUGCUUUCCACACUGGGGCCACUAGAAGAGGCUUAUCAGACCUUGCUAUAAAGGCCUAUAUAACCACUUCACACGGAUGAAACAUCGGCACAGGUAUUGGAUUGCGAUAUUUUGAGUAAGGGCUUGCUUCUAAUAUUUGGCCCUUAAAUGGGAAGCAAGGUAACGUUUUUAUUAUACAAAAGGCUCAAGACCUACUUUGCAACUAUUCUAAGAUCAAGUUUGGUUACAAACAGCAAUUUAUAUUUUAUAACCUGUUGUGUCAAGAGAUGAAGCUGCAUGAUUUUUCUCUGACGUCUACAUGUUAAAUAUUACAAUAUUGUAGCCUCUAAAGAUCUUCUGAAUGGUAGCGUUGUCAACCCAUUGCCCAGCUUUUUUCUUUUUCUUUUCUUUUUCUUUUUUAGAAAACAUGUUUUGUUGUUUAGCCAUAUGGUAUACAAAGUUGUUCAGCCCUCCUCCAUUCAGGUUGGCUUCAUGUGUCUGUUACAUUUUUUCUUUUGUUCUUUUACUUUUAUACAACUGUGUUACCUAAUAGUUCGUUGUAUUUGCAUUAUCUGUUUUAAACGGUAGGCUUUUUCAGGCCUGAUUGGUCAAUUAAAUGUCAGUCACCUCAGUAAGUGGAUUAUUGUCAGAGGAAAUGCUGUCUGUACACAAGACUUCUGUAUUUAGAGAUGGUAAACAAUGUCUCUAGUUUAGUCGGUAAAUGAACAUUAAUUGACCUGGGUGAUAACAAAAAUAUCAGCAUUGUAAAAUGGCAUAUUCUGAUCAGUUCUGUACAACAUAGACUUGGCAUCUCAGUAUAUCUACAGUUCCACCAACACUGUGACACCAGGUAUUAAAGGUUGUUGUUUUUUGUGA